CGCAUAUCCUGUCGUUUCUUUUUUUGAUACUGUCUAAACACCAAUGUCACAGCAGUACGCAGAGGUGCCCAAGGAGCCAGAGUACGAGGCAGCACCAGACAAUGUUUCCGAGGGGCCCCUGACAGGCUCAGUAGACGACCGCAUUCCGUCGCCGCCGACGCCUCCACACCUGCGCGGAUUCCCCUCAAUUCCCGGUAUCAGUCAGGACCCAAUGCAGCCGCCAGCACCCAAUGCAGUCUCGGACAUGCGCGCCUACAUUGCGGCGACGCAGCGGCAGCUAGAAUCGCCCGACCUAUUUGAUCCGCGUCACGGCGGCUACAAGAACAGCUUCAAGCAUCCGGUGGAGCCGCAAAAGAAAUGGUGGCAGAGGGUGCCGUCAUGGAGCAGCGUGUUGCGGUUCACGGCCCUGUACAUGGUGCUGCCGUUCAUUACCGGCGUAAUGGCCGGCAUGGGCGAAAUCUUCGCCAACGAGCUGAUGUUCCGGUGGGGAUGGAGGGGCGCAAGGCCGCUCAUGGUCAAGAACCGUGACAACCGCGUCUUCCCGGUCGCUGACAAGCCAGGUGCAGAUUUUAAUGUUGACUGAAAAAAAAGAAGCGAGGAAUAGAAACAU